UUCAUGAAUCUACGCGGAGGGUAAAAGGAGGUGCACGCUGUUGCCGGCGUGGUUUUUAAGUUUUUAUGCGUUGGCUCGAGAUUAAAAUAGAGAUUAGUUUAAAUGAUUCCUGCUGUUUUUUAUUCGGUGUAGGAAAAGUUGUACACUUAUAGGAAAGCGUUUGAGUUGCGUAAUCAGACUGUAGUUGGUACUGCACUGUAACUGGGUUCACCUUAAACGGAUAACUUACUUUUAUGCAUGAGGGGGUAGAAGUGUUUGUGUGUUUGGAUCCAUCAUGGUGUUUUUCACGUGUAACUCGUGUGGUGAGUCGCUGAAAAAGGCGCAGAUCGACAAACACAAGGGCAUGUGCAGAGGGUGUACAUGUUUGUCUUGCAUCGACUGUGGAAAAGAUUUCUGGGGUGAGGACUAUAAGAGCCAUGUGAAAUGCAUCACUGAGGACCAGAAGUAUGGCGGUAAGGGCUACGAGGCCAAAGUCCAGAAGGGUGAUGUGAAACAGCAGCAGUGGAUUCAGAGAAUACAGGAGGCCUUGAAUAAACCAGGAAUCACUCCCAAACUGAAAGAUGUGCUGAAUCAAGUCAGUUCAUAUGACAAUGUUCCAAGGAAGAAAGCCAAGUUCCAGAACUGGAUGAAGAACAGCUUGAGGAUCCAUGACACACGUCUGCAUGACCAAGUUUGGGACAUUUUCUCAACCGCUGACAGCAAUCAGCUUAAUGGAAACCAGCAACCUGAAUCCAAACCGGAUCCUCCACAACCUCCCCAACUUCAAGAGCAGCAAGAGGAGAAACCCAGUGAGAAGAAAAAGAACAAGCGAGAGAGAAAAGAGGAGCGACAGAAAAAGAGCAAAAGGAAGCAAGCAGAGAAUGGCAAUGCGAAGCAAGAGCAGAAUGGAGAGGUUGCCUCGGAUGAGCAGCGGAAAAAAAAGAAGAAAAGAGAGAGAGCAGCAGAGGAGUGUGGGGAGGAUGGACAGAAUGAGGGGAACAAAUCAACACAUAAGCCAAAGAAAAGGAAAGGAGAGGAGCCAGAAGAGGACCAAAGCCUGGAGGAUGAGGAAGAUCAGCAGGAGGUGCAGGAUCAGUCCAACACUAAAGGAAAGUUUAACUGGAAGGGGACGAUAAAGGCGGUUCUACGGCAGGCACCAGACGAAGGCCUCUCCAUCAAAAAGCUCCGCAAGAAGGUUUUAGCAGCAUAUUAUUCAUUCAGUGGCGACGCAAACUACAAGUCAGAGGAGCAGCUUUUCACUUUGUUCAACAAGAAGAUCAACAAUCCAAAGUUUAAGAUUCUGAAAGACAAAGUCAGACUGGUGGAAUGAUCGGGAUUCUCCUUCUCUCAGAUCUUAAGCCAUACAACUCUCAUUUUGCUUCUGGAAGCAGUUCUAUGUACAAUACAGACUCUGCUUUUCUUACAAUAAAUGUUUUUGAACAGA